GACGACGGUAUCUGAGCCGGCGGCGGCGGCGGCGGCGGCGUGAGGCGUGUUUGGACGCAGACAGUGUGUGCGUAACAGCGGCAACCUCGUUCUCGCGACGCGAGAUCUCGCACGUCGUGCAGCAUGGGCCGCGUUCGUACGUGGAACAUCGCGAUUGUAGCUGCCGUCGUCUUGUUGGAAUGUGGCGGUUUUUCACAGGGUCAUCAGUGCUGGAGCGAAGUACCAGUUGAUGAUACAGACUGCACAGCUUUGAGAGAUUUCUGCUACGUCUUCCAGCCGUACCAUCACAACCACACGGCGGUGCUGGUGAUGGACCUGAGGCGGCCUAUCGCUGACCUGCUGGUGCGCCUGCGCAGCGCGGACUGCGAGUUCCACUGCGACAGGGCCGCCUCCGCGCCUUGCAACGUCACCAUCCAGGCCGCCACGCAGCCCAGCCGGGUGGUGCGGCUCGGAAAGCAUUUCGUGAAGCAGCGCUACGCAUUCCACAACAUCGUCGGAAGAUACUAUUGCGCAACGGUAUCACUGGACAGUUGCGGAAAACUUUCCGAUGUGUACGACACGUCCACUGACAGCUUUGAAGCGGUCGCGAACGCCUCGCUCAAGAGACCUGUGCGCCUGGUGCAGACUACGCAGCCUCUGGUGGCCAUCGCGAUCUCCGUGUCGCUGGCGGUCGGUGUGCUGUUCUUAGUGGCUGCCUACUGCAUCAAAACGCGGCUGUGCAGCUCUCCACUGGCGGCGCUCCUGGUGAAGCAACCCGGUGCGAGCGAGUCGACGGCGUCGCCGCUGCUGCCGUCUCCGCCGUCGGCCAUCCUCCUGCUCUACUCGCGGGACAGCGACGGCUUCACGCGGCUCAUGGAGGCCUUCCGGGAUCUGCUGGCUGCCCUCACCGGCGUCGAGGUGGUGGACCCGUUGAACGUGCGCCAGAGCUUGGCGGACGUGUUCCCCGACGGGGUGAGCUGGCUGACGCGGCAGCUGCGCCGCCAGGACGUGAAGGUGGUGGUGGUGGUGUCUGCGGGCGCGCUGGCCCGCCAGAGGGCGCUGCUCCAGGGGCAGCCUCCGGGCCGCGCCGCCGGCACCCGGCCGCACCCUCUCGACCACCUCUUCUCACACGCGCUGCGAAUCAUGCAGGACGACUACAAGAUCGGGGGAGACUACGACCGGGUGUACAAAGUCAGGUUUGACGACAUCACACCAACAACAGAAACACUGUCUCACAUUGUCCCUUUGAAGGACUACCGUCUGGUGAGGCACUUGGGUCGUCUGGUUCAUGAAUUAAGAGGGGAGACACAUCCACCAGAUGCCGAUGACAUCACCUAUAGUCAGGAGCUACUGAACGACCGCCCUGAAGCAGACAACCUGUUCACGAUACUGCGGGAGCUGACAGUGUGACAGGAGGUCGACACAACAGCCUCAGCCAAAGUGUAUUCCGUUCCUGGUGCUCGGCAACCUCCCUGCACUGCGACACAGCUGGUGGUGGUGCAUCAGUCGUCUGUAGGAUCUCACAUCGAGUCCCACUGUUGGACUUCAGACAUCGAGCAUGACACGCACAUUGCUCUGGCCCUACGUUCAUAAACCACUGCUUCCUGAACCCCGUAUCUGUGUCAACUCGAGGUGUGAAGGAGAGUGAGUCCCUUCAUUUACCUUGAUAUUUUUCAUACAAUUAUGUACAUACAGAUAUGUUCUGAGCAACUACUAUCAACUUAUUUCUGAUUGAACUCUCAGACACUUAUCUUUAAGUUACUGAGUUUCAUUUGUGUUCAAUCAAUUUCGUACCUGAUAAAAUAUGUAACUGCUUCUCCUUCCGAUGUUCAUAAGUGUUAUUUUUUCUAUCAUGAUGCUGUAAAUGAUUAAUUCAUGACACGUGCAUUUGUUUAUUAUGCAACACUGUUUUAUAUAGUUGACAUCUCAUUUACGAAGCCUCAGUCACUCGUUUUGUAUAUAGUGCAAAUAUUUAUGUUGUUUGUUAGCCAUUUAAUUUAAUUUAUUGUAGCCACUAAAAUAAUUACAUUGCAAACUUUUCAUGUAGAAUGAUCUCAUCCACAUUACGUACAUUUGAAUACUUUUUAAAUAUAUGUACUACAUUUUUAAAGAAAUUCUGUCUGUCAAUUUUAUUUUGCUGAGAUUCAUUUGGUUCUAAGUACAGCUGCAGCAUGAAAAUACUGAACAGAUAGUAAUUACAAGAAAUAUUGCACCUUGGACUGCUGAAUCAAAGUUAAGAACCUUAAAAACAAGUUAUACCUUAAUUGACCUUGAAAGGAGUAAUUUAACAUAAUCUAAAGUAAUCUAUGGAUUACAAAGGUUGACUGAAAAAUUUGGCUACAGCUUAUUAUAUAAAUGAGACUGAAGGAAAGGGAAUACACUUCAGAGGUAAAAAAUAUUAUGCUGCACAAAAGAUUUAUUAAUAACUAAGUAACCAAUAGACUGCCUUCUUGCAAAAGUUUAU